CUGCAAGCCUCAAGGGGAUCUGGUCACAACUUCCCUGUCCUCCUGUAAUGCACAUGAGACACAGGUGAAGUGGAAAUGUAAGCGUUGGAGAGGAAAAAAAAAUAUCUGCAUACAGAAUAAUAUCUCUAAUAUUACCUUUCGAAAAUCCAUAAUUUACAAUGGUGCUACAUAAAAAAGUACAAUUCAGUAUUUUUAACAUAUCAAUUUUGCUUUCACUUUACAUUGUCCUCUGCAGCCUAUUUGUUGCUUAUCAAUAUUACCAGAAAGCACAUUUAAUUUAUGAAGAACAAGUAAGAUUCAAAAAGUCUACAACAAAUCCAGAAACUUUAGAAAGACAUGAAAAUGGAUUUCAGUGGAAUGAAGAUUCAAUUAAUAAAAUACUGCCAACUCCAUCAGCUUCCUCGUUGAGUUAUAUAAAUAUUGAGUCCUAUCCAUACAUCAUAAAUCAGCCCAAUAAAUGCAAGGAUGAAAGUCCCUUCUUAAUGUUUUUAAUAGAAACAACAGCCAGAGAAGUUGAAAACCGCAGAGCAAUAAGGGCCACAUUUGUAAAUACAACAGGGAUAAAUGGAACAUCUAUCAAAUAUUUGUUCCUGUUGGGUAAAGACAGUAAGCAGGAACCCAAUUCCAUUGCAGAAGAAAGUGAGAAGUACCAUGAUAUCAUCCAAAAGGACUUUCAAGAUACAUACAAAAACUUGACCAUUAAAACAUUGAUGGGAAUAGAAUGGGUCUCCAACUACUGCCCUAAAGCAAAAUAUGUCAUGAAGACCGACAGUGAUAUGUAUGUUAACACUGAACUUUUAUUAGAUUUAUUGGGUCCGGACCAACCUCAAAAACAAAACUAUUUUACAGGAUAUCUAAUGGAAAAUAACAAACCACACAGAAGCAUUCACAGUAAAUGGCACAUGCCUCAUUCCCUCUAUCCAGAUGAAUUUUAUCCUACCUUUUGCUCAGGGACAGGCUAUGUAUUCUCUGGGGAUGUAGCACCAAAGAUUUUAAGGUCAUCGUUUAAAGUAAACUAUGUUUAUCUAGAAGAUGUGUUUGUAGGAAUCUGCCUUGAUAGGGAAGGUAUUAAGAUAACAAAACCACCAAAAAAUAACUUGUUCCAUAAUUAUCGUGUUUCAUUCGAUCCAUGUGUGUAUAACAGAAUUAUUACCUCUCAUUAUAUGACACCGACUGACCUUAUCAAUUAUUGGAAAAUUGCACAGGAAAAUAAAGAGAAAUGUUUAAGCUCUAGAAAGUCAUAG